AUGCCCCUUCUUGCUCUGCCUAAUGAACUCCUGUUGAUCAUAGCUUCUCAGCUCAAAAACCUGGGUGAUAUCAAUGCUUUGACCCAGGUUUGCCGCCGCUGUUACGAAGUUAUUAAUUUUCACGUCUAUGUCCGUGACAUCAAGGAUAAUGAGGGGAACGGCUUAAUACUUGCUGCCCAACAUGGCCAGCUCGGGGCUGUUCGCAAAUUCAUCGACCAAGGGCAGGAUCCAUUCGACUACAUCGAUAGUGAUGGUGGAAUGCCUUUGAAUGAGGCCGCUUUAUAUGGGCGUAAAGAUGUUGUGCUGUUCUUACUUGACUACGUCCCUACCACUUCCGAUGGAAACCCUGAAAAUCUUCACGGCGCUGCACUUUCCAACGCCGUACGUGGUGGUCAUGACCAAGUGGCCAGAAUUAUAAUAGACAGUCAGGCCAAACCAGCAUCUUUGGUUGAUAGUGGGGCAAAACUGGUCAGCUUGGCCGUGGCUAAAGGUCGCAAUUCUAUUCUCGCGCUCAUGCUUGAACGUGGAUUCAAAUCCAGUGACUACUUAUUGGAUUCAGCGGUUUCUCAGGGCAGUAACGACUGUGUCAAGGUUUUGCUGGAUUGGGGGUUCGAUGUCAACUUUGCCGAACCGAAUGGGUGUAGAAGUCCACUCUAUGCAGCCGCAGGUAAGGGCCACGCUGCAACUGUCAGACUCUUGAUUGAUCGAGGUGCGGACCCCUACCGGACGAGCAUCUACGACUUCAUGCCUUUAUUUAUCGCCACACUUAUUGGCCAUGAAGAUGUGGUCCGUAUAUUGCUCGAUUCCGGUGUUAAUCCGGAAGGUCUCGAUGAACAGGCCCGAUAUCCUCCCAAAAAGCCACGAGAGGAGUUCCUAAGGGUUAUAUCUGGGGAAUACGGGACAUUCUCUUUACGUAAUCCGCGGAGAGAUAUCCUUAUUUACGGAAGUUUCCCUAGCUUACAAACAAUCGUCCCUUACUGCUCAAAUUGCCAUACGCCAUUGUGUGUUGCUGCGAUGAUGGGCCAUGAGGAUAUUGUCAGGCUCUUGCUGGAUCGCGGCGUGGACCCAAACUUUAUCGAUCCGAACGGGGAUGUGCCACUUCGCCUCGCAGCAAUGAAUAAUCGCAGUGGGGUCAUCUCACUACUCCUUGAGAGGGGAGCUUGGAUAGAUUUCGUGGACUUGGAUGGGAAGACCGCUCUAUGUCAUGCCUUAUCGAAUGGGAGUCAUGAGGCAACAAUAAUUUUGCUAAACGCAGGCGCUAGAGAGGAUUUUGCACGUAUUGGGAAUGACGAUCUCAUUCUCCAAGCCCUGAAUAGCGCCGGGGUUCCUGUGUUACCUCCCACGGUGCUCGAUAAUUAUCAGGCCGGACUCCGUGAUAACAGCUCAACUUCAGUAGCACAUGGUUGCUAUCUAGGCUUACCACCCGGGCGUGGUUUAUACCGACGAUGCGAAAGAUUAGUCGAAUUUUUUCUUGAUAGGGGCUCCAGUAUUGACUCUCGAGACUCUCUCGGUCGCACUGUACUGCAUCAGGCGUCAUUUCUCUUUUGCAACUCUACAAUCGAUUUGCUCCUGGCGAGAGGCGCGGAUCCAAACGCGUGCGAUGUGUUUGGCCAAACUCCAUUGUACUUGUGGCUACAGGGCCCAAACCACUAUCGCCCUUUUAAAUUCCGAUGGCAUCCGUCCUGA